AGCGAACGUAACGAUUAAAUAAUUCUUUUUUGUUAUUUAAUUCGAUUCUAUUUUCCGCAAACAUAUGCACAUAAGCUUGUGUGUGUGUGUGUGUGUGUGUGUUUGCAGCAACAACUGUGGCGACGAAAACUAGAAAAUAGAAAUUUCAAAAAUUUGCUACAUUUCGAAAAUACAAAUCGCGCGCACUUCCACUCGUAUACCUGCGCCAUCGGGUCUCGAUACGCAACCGUUGUUCUAGUCGAAAAUACGUCGCGAAUCUGUUUGGUAAUAUGAAAAACUAUUUGAAGACGACGAAAUUGUGCAAUUGCUUUUUUCAAUCAUUUUCAAUAUUUUCCUAAAAAAAAAGUGGGUCAGACAAGUGAAAACUUACUCUUACGCACAACUCGCAUUUUACCGUUGGUUUACUCAAUGUUUACGUGUUGGAGUUUUGCUGCACUACUUUUACUCAUUUUGCUGCUUUGGUGAUGUGUUCCAAAUAAGAUUUAGAAAAUCCAAUAAAAUUUAUUUGCAAAAAGCAAACGAAAAAGCUUUGCAUAUACUACAUAUAAUAUAAGUUCUAGUGCGGGGCUAACAAAAUGGCCGCAGUCACGAUAUCCCGACGCAGGGAGGUGAUGCAAAAAGCCGGUUGGAAGAUCGACCAAAACGAUGAGGCUUGCUAUAUAGACAUUGAUGAACCCGAAGAUGAAGAAUUAGCUGAAAAUGACAGUAACUAUUCACAAUGGCACACUUUACCGGAUAUACUGUUGGAAGAAAUCUUCUCAUAUCUAACCUACAGAGAACGGUAUUAUGCUAGUUUGGUGUGUAAGCAAUGGUAUAAUGCUUUCUAUCUGCCCCUGGUGUGGCGUAACUUUCUAGUCGACGAUCGAACACUCACACGCGCCAAAUACAACUACUACUCGGGCUGGCAAUAUUGUUUGGAUCACAUACGAACACAAAAUUGUCUGUCACGUGUUGGAAAAUAUCUGCGCGGCUUAGAAUUCAGACCGGAGCAUAGCUUCAAUAAUAUCUUUCAAUUUAUGACAAUGCUUUCAUGGAGUAUGACCAAAGGAUCAGAAGUGAAAGCACCAUCGGAUCUCAAGAAUGUUGGCUCACGCAUACGCUCGCUUGUCUACGUGUUCCCCUGCAAUAUGUCGCAAGCCAACGAUCCGGAGGGCAUUAAAUUAUUCGGCACUGGCGGUCAAUUGCUCAAAGGUCUCAAGGAGCUCUUGUCCAAAUUACGUAAUCUGCGUACAUUAAAAUUAAUCGAUUUUGUAUUGGAACGUUUCGAGGCGAAGCAUUUGCUUGAUGAGGUACUGGAAGCGUGCUGCACGAAGAUGCGUGUGCUGAAUCUGGUAAAUGUCACAACCACACACUGUCCCAUAAUGCAUGUGGGACUGUUUAUCAAUCUGCAGAUUCUGACGAUUUCUCCGCAAAACAUCGACGAUGAUGCGUUGUUGCUUUUGGCCGAUACCAAAUUGAAACAUUUGCAUUUGUUGCAAAACCGUUAUACUUCCACUUACCUCUCGAUUUCGCCAUGUAGCGUGAAGGUGUGGCGGCAGCUGAAACGUGAUAAUCCGAGGCUGAAGGUGCAUCUGCGCGUAGAAUCGUUGGGCGAGGGCGAAGUUGUAUUCCAGCCCGAAGCGCCUGUGUGCAGUGUCACUUAUGAAUCGCCAAAAUCCAAGAUCAAAACAGAUUUUGUCCUACGCAUGGUGGACCACUAUAAAAAUAAACUCAGCGUUUACGGCUACGAAAUGUUGCCGCGUUUUACCAGUCCCAAGCCAUUUCACAAUCGUGUCGACAGUCUGAUGCUGCUGAUCGCUCGUCAGUGCUUCAAUCUGCAUACUUUAUUCGUACGCGAGAAAGUGUCCACCUCCACAGUGCUGCUGAUCGCACGUACCGCGAAAAAUCUGCGCCGUCUCCAUGUACGUCGCUUUGCGGUCAUCAUACGCUGUGAUUGGCCACGACAUCCCGAAUGGUCCGUUGAGUUCUAUUUAUGGUUGCGGCACACGUCACGUUCUUAUGAUGCGGUGGAACGUGAAGUGUCGCAAAUGCUCGGCUACGAGUGGCAUUUCCUAAGUGACAGCGAUUACAAGCAGCUGCAGGUGGACGUGCAAAGAGAGCCGUGAGGCGAGAGACGUGUAAAGUGUGAUAUUAUUGCUCAAAUGCAUACGCAUAGCUGUUAAUUGUUUUCUAUUUAUUUAUUAAAAAAAAAUGCAACAAAAAAAUUGUUGAAAACUGACAUACCUACUCGUAUGUGCAUAUAUCGAUUUGGUUGCAAUUUCAUGGUGAAUAAUGGGGCUUCACUUUAUAUGAAAAUUUUUUUUUUUUUUUGAGCGCAUGAUUUUGCGAAAAUAUUGCCUUAUAUGCAAAUCUCCAUUAGUUUUUCGGAAAAUAAUGCAUGUGAAUUUCAACACUUCACUCUGAGUUGGGAAUUAAUUACUAGUGACAUCAAGAAACAUAGUCAUUGACUUUUUGACAGUGAAUGGGAAACCCCUCAUUAAAAUCAAUUAAAUAGUGAUUAAUGAAAAAUGAAAACUUAAUAUUUACCAAACAGUUUUAAUUCUCAAUUAUUUAUAUUUACAAGCCUUCUAAUGAAUUAAACGAGUUCAUGAGUAAACAAAUCUCAGAGCUCGAAUAAUAGUUUCUUUGUCAGCGCUACUGUAUUCGACAUAUAUAAUACAAACAUUAGUGGGUAAAUAUUUGCUUAAGUUCGGUAAAUUCGUUUCGGGGAAGCACUUCUACCCCCAUAUCCAUUGAAUAUAUGUAUGACACAGCAUCGUAGCUUAAAAAAGGUGUAAACAAAUUUAUAAUGGGUGAAGCUCUAGUCGAAUCCAAAGGAAGAAAUGAGAAAGGAGGAAAAAUUGUUGCGAAAUAAAUCUAGUAAAACUGAUCCAGUACAUCUAGCAUAUAAUCUGUCAUUUCUUUUUCAUGGAACAAAACCUGAAGGAAUUUGUGAAAAUUUUGUGUUUUCAAUGGAAUUACUGCUACGGCAUCGACGAAGUUAAAGAAAAAGUACUUGAAAAUCGUCGGAUUGUUGGGAUCAAAGAGAUAGCAGAGUAUCUCAACAUCUCUUAUGGAUGAACUCAACACAUUUUCGUUAAUGUUUUGGGUAUGAAACGUGUGAAUGCUUGAAUCGUACAAAACACCUGAAUCUUUUCCAAAAACGACAUCGAAAAGAAAACGCAAAAGAGAUGUUUGAGAAUGUAGCUCAGCGCCCUACAUUCAUAAAACGCAUCAUUACUGGUAACGAGACGUGGUUAUAUGAAUAUGAUGUUGAAGCAGUCCAACAAUCUAGUGAAUGAUGUUCGAAAAAAGAGCCGAAAUCGCCAAAAAAACCACGUCAGAGUCGAUCAACAAUCAAAAAUCGUUUUCUUUGAUAAAAGUGGUGUGUUUCACUAUGAAUACGUUCCACAAAGUCAAACGGUCAAUAAAGAAUACCAUGGCCGUUUUGAGGCGUCUACGUGAAGCAAUUCGUCGUGAACGACCGGAUUUAUGGACAGAAAAUUCAUGGAUUUUUCAUCACAAUAAUGCGUCGUCACAUUCUAGCAUGACUGCGACUGACUUUUUGGCUAAAAACGAAACGAGAGUCAUCGCUCAGCCACCAGCUUUAACACAUUUGGCUUCCUGUGACUUCUGUUCUCGAAACAAUUUUCAAAACUGAAAAGUCCGCAUCGGGAAAAGCACCAUGAGUUCAUUGAAACCAUUAAAAGUCAUUCGCUGAAGGUCAUCCCAACCGUAACUUAUAACAAGUGUAUCGAAAAUUGGCUUAAGCGUUGGCAUGCAUGUAUUGACUAGAGAGUCUAGUUUGAAGACGAUUAUAAAGAUAUUUAUUAAAAUACGUAAAGAUGUUGUUGUUUAUUUUUCAGUAUUCGGAAUCGGCGACAGUAUCAAAUGUUCGGUUACAAUUACUCAGUUUUUUUAAUUUAAUGUUUAUGUAGGUAGGUUUAUGUCGUUUUUAUGAGGCGAGUAUUUAAAGAGUUUGAGAUGUUUUUUUAAACAUUCUAAUCCAUUCACACCGCUUAGCCACCCUAUAUGUGUGAACAUACAUCUGCAUUCACCUUAAUAUGUAAAUGAAUAAAAUCAAUAAAGCAACCCAAAAUGUUUGCCAAAUAUUCUCUUUUCACUAUUCCUUAGCACCCUUCUCAGGUAUCAGUUCUCUUGAAUUCGUGUUUGUGUUUAUUUGCAUUUCACUUAAACUCGGUUUCUAGAUCAACAUAGAGUAAUUGAAUGUGAUUUACAAUAACGUUUAAAACGGUUUGUAUAAAUAACUUUACCCAUAUUCUUCGCUAUCAUAAACGCAUCUCAGACGCAGUGCAGAGUGAGUCUAUCGAGCGAGGCUUCUUUAUUAAGUGCUUAGCGGUGAAAUGAAGUUUAUUUUGGUAAUUUUUAUGUGUUUCGCCUUGGUGCUUCAGCACGCGCACUCGUCGCACAUUAUAGGAGUCGGUGGAAUUGCUGGAGUUGGCGUUGGUAUCGGCGUCGGUGUUGGCGUUCCAAUUGUGCGUUCGGCGCCGAUCUACUAUGGCUCACCGUACCACUAUCGCCGCUACCCGGGCUAUCCGUAUGGCUACUACGGUGGCUUCAAUGGUUACCAUGCUUAUCCACAUUUUUGAGGAUGAUGAUAGUAAUUAACGAUCGAAAAGCUGAAAAAUGGAGUUCUUACAGUAAUUUAUGCUUCAUAUUAACUUUGUGUUUAAGUAGUAUUUAAGUAUGGGGAAUUGAGUGAAAUGUGUUGUUGAAAGUAUUUUUGUACCUGAACGAUGCUCAUAAUAGCAGAAACGUUGAGCUCGGGCAGCUACCCAAUAUAUGUAUAAGAAAUAAAAUACGUUUUAAAAAUUAU